AUGACCCUCUGCAAGUUGUCAUGCUUGUAGUCCAUCCAUCGUCGACAUGCGACGUCUGCCUCGACGGGUAUAACUGGACCACUCCCGCUAACGCUCCCCAUGCCAUUGCGUGUGGCCAUGUCUUCUGCUUGCAAUGUCUGCACUCACUCAAUCCCAGUAAUUGUCCUCUAUGUCGCAAAGCUUUCCAGCCGGAUCGCAUCAAGAAACUCCAUGUCGAUCGAAUCUAUCCGGGCCAAGAUCAAGACGUGACAAGCGAGGAAACCGAGCUGCUCCAACGCGUCGCUCUUUACUUUGGAGAGAAUACAUCAGUGGAAGAUGUGAAUGCUGUGAUUGACGAGGUCAACGCAUGGCUUGGUGCACGGCCAGAUAACGAUGGCGCGCACAGGAGUCUACGCUCAGCAGCCGAUGGACUCCGCGACUAUUGGGAUUUGCAACGACAAUUAUCGUAUGAGAAGGAGGAACAUCGUGAAACGAAACAAAGUUACAGGCAGAGGUUGCAAUUGAAGGACGACGAUCUUAAAAAGGCCCAUUUAGUCGAACAGAACCUCCUGGAGCAGAUGGAGAAUGCGGAAAAGGAAUGGAAGAUGAAGCUUACGCGAGCCAACGCGGAGAUCGCGCUCCUACGGAGCGAACAAGUGCGGAGCCAUGAUCGUCGCAAGCUAGAAAGACCCGAGGUGCAAGUACCACGUCUGGACCUAUCGCGCUCGGAAGGCGCCUCGAAUGCCCUCCCUCAACUUCCACGGACUGCCAGUCCUGAACGCAUCCCAUCUGUGAUGCGAUCUAACACCUCAUCAAGUCGACGCUCGUCGCGCAGAACAGAGCCCACUCCUGGACCUUCUGGAUCAGCCAACACCAUUCGAUCACAGACACGACGCCUGAGCUCACCAGGGCCGUUUCCCGGGCCGUCUUCCAUCCUGCAAGAGGGUGACGAUGAGUCACGGAGAGACAGGUCUCUCCUACCACCUUUGAUCGUUCCAGGCGCUCGUCCGCACGAAAAAAUCGUUCCCCCGCGCCCGGAUGGCUGGUUCGGAUCGUUCAAAAGCCCAAGCGCUACUAUCAACUCGCGCUCGACGCGCUUGUCCAACGCGACUCCGCCGUCCGCAAGUGCUGGGGCAGGCCCCUCUUCAGUGUCUCCUACAGCGUAUGGCUGGCAAUAUGGAGCCGCAUCUGAUGGCCGCUAUGGAUACUACACGGCGCCGUGGCCGCAACCCUCGAGAGCGGUGUCCGCUGUGGACAACGCCGGUGCGCCUUCUAGUUCGUUGAGCAACCCUCCGCGUCCGCUUGCAUACCCGACGUAUGCAAGCACUUCGUAUACAGCACAGCAACCUAUAGCAGGUCCGUCGGGCACAAAUCGGUCAGACUCAAGCGGCAGCCAUACUGUCCGCAAUGCGCCAGCGAUGCCCAGAAGGACGCCAAGCGGACGUUCUCGGCGCGAAGACACCAUCUCUUCGUCUAGGACGCCACGCGGAGACGCCGUUGAGACUUCUCAACCGCACGAAGAGCCCCUAUCCAGCGCAACUCUCAAUAGCAUGACUCUCCUCAAUCCUCCACCAAACCCCCAGAUGGGAGACCAGCCGCCUGAAGUGAACGAACGCCGAGAUUUGCUUGAUUUACUGCGUGACAGCUCCCCAGCGCCGUCUCCUGCGUCAACCUGGGGAACGAUCAACUCCUCGGAUCUUCCAUCGCGCAACUCUGCAAGCUCAGACCUAAGUGUUGGAGACCUUGGCUUGAUCGGCUUGCCAAACGACAGCGCGUCCAGUUUGAGUGUCGGCGACCUAGGCUUGGUGGGCUUACCGAGCGGAUCCCGCGAGCUUCUCACUGACAGUGAGGAUGAUGAACCUGCUGUGAUCCCACCACCGAAUCUAGGCGAGGAUGAUGAUCUGCAAACGACGACUCCCACGUCUAGACCGUUUGCUCGUUCAGCUGGAAGCGAGACGUCUCUUCUGCGACCGCAAAUGGGGAAUCACGACCGAAGCGCCGGCUUAGGGUUCAACGCAGGCAUCGACCACAGUGCGUCACACGAGAUAAUCAGCGGACCACAAGACCUGCGCUUCGUGAGCGACUCGCUCCUGCAAUUUGCGAAUGAAGACAGCACGAGCCGUGGCGGUCGGGCAAGUCAGGCAGACCAUCGCAGCAGACGCUCUUCCCACUCCAACGCAGAUGAUGCUCCGGACACCAUCGUGGGCGCGAGGACGGGUCUCGCUUUGUACAGUUCUCGUCCACAAUCAAGGCCCGAUGAGUACGGGGCGUCAUCGUCGCAAGGCUCCAGUACGCCAUCUUCCCAUCGCUUCGAUCGCGGAAGCAUGAGCGACUCGGAGCAUGUCGGAGCCGGAUACGUUCGUGACCAGUCGAGGACCAGCGAGCGCCGACGUCACACGACUAUGGCAGACAAUGUUGCAUCCUCACCUCACAGCCACUGGAUUCCUGAGACUGCCAUACCCCAGUCGCCAACCGUGUUCCGCUCCGCUCACGAUAUUGCGCCGCCGUGGAGUGCGGUCCGAAGCACUGCAUAUCAACCGAAUAUGAGUUAUCGCCCAGUCGCCCCUCCCUUCUCCGGCACCAAUUCCGCGUAUCGACUUGCUGGAGAUGUCAUCCAGCCAGCAAGUGUCCUCCAACAUGCUAUACCACCAUCUCCGCCGAACCAAACAAGCGCAUCUAUAUGGGCACAUUACGCUCCACCUACCCCAUCUAUCCGUGGAUCCACUUCUCGGCGGACAUCGACCAGCUCACGCGUGUCGGACCGCCAGAUCCCACAGGCACGCUAUGGGUCUCCUCCGAACAGCGUGUUGUUUGGCGCUGCCCCUGAAGCUCCGACGAUCUCCACCUCUGAUGGCUUUGUGCCUUCCCUGGGCCAGAGCUCCCUCUUGCUGUCCUUCCCCGCUGCGUCGUCCACUUCAGGGGAGAACUCCGCGAUACAUGCUCCUGCUCCUCGAUCUGCUGGUAGCCAGCACAACAGUCUGCAGCAACGAUAGAGCACAACUGGCUUCUGCCUCCGGAACAUAUAACGUUUAGGAAGAGAUGAUGAAUCUGAUGACUUGAUUUAGGAUCGCAUGUCAAGUACGACUAACUAUCUAAAAGUGCUGAUCGCACGACAUUUCAAGGAUUUUUAUGUCUGUCUUUCGGGCUCGCUGUAGAUACCUUGUAUCAAUACCCUCUAUUCUUGAAGAAUUAUUAUCUAGUAUGUAGUUCGUUCCCAAGUCGAUAGUUCAGGACAAGACGAGAAACUUACGUCGAGUAGGCAUAUUGCGAGAGUCAGAAGUGUGCUCC